AUGCUAACACCUUUUCUCGCUGUUGUUCGCGAUGGUCCCACCUGGAUUCUAACUGCUAUCUCCACCGCGCCGCGACUGCGCCAUGCUCCAUGCCGUUUUGAUCCGACUAUACAGUCACCGAAUUCACCAGUUUCCUUGGUGCGGACUCAUAGUUGUACACGUGGCCGCAUACAUCCCCGUAUAAAUACGUAUUCUGCUGCUUUCAUUUAUUUAUUCGAUACCAUGGGUCUAGCGUUCUCUCGUCUUCGUCUACUUUUCUUUGGUACUAAACCGUGUCGAAUUCUUAUGGUUGGGCUUGACAAUGCUGGUAAGACCACGAUAUUGUACAAAUUGAAGCUUGGUGAAGUCGUCACAACAAUUCCCACUAUUGGUUUCAAUGUGGAAACAGUGAACUAUCGAAAUUUGUCGUUCACAGUGUGGGAUGUUGGUGGACAGGAAAGAAUCCGCGUUUUGUGGAAAUACUACUUUAACAAUACUGAGGCGGUGAUCUUCGUCGUAGAUAGCGCGGACAGAGAUCGUAUGGAGGAAGCUCGUUGUGAGCUGCAGGCUCUUUCUGACGAUCCAGAGUUAAGAGAUGCUAAAUUCUUGGUGUUUGCCAACAAACAGGAUCUCCCAAACGCCAUGACUUCUGCAGAAGUAAUCAAAGCCCUGGAGUUGCACAAUUUCAGAAACCGACAGUGGUAUGUGCAGCCGUCUAAUGCAGUUACUGGCGAGGGCCUGGUUGAAGGCUUGGAAUGGCUCCAUUCUGUAGUACUCAAGGGCUAG